AUGCGUGAGGUAAAAAUAUCUAUUUACAUAAAAAAUGUGUUCAUAGCUCUAUUGCUACUCAGUGUAGCAAUUGCUAACCCAAUCCUUCCUAGUCAAGCUCUCUGCCAGGAACCAACGUCGUCAGAACUUAGAAGUCUCCUUUCAGAGGAUACGCAUGAGUCAUUUGGUAUGGCAAGAUAUCACCAUAUUCAAUUUAGAAAUGAUAUAAGACACUUCCAAAACGUCAGCAGAACUACAGUUCCUGGGGAGUCAACAGCGUGUAAAAGAAACCAAGAUUCUUCCCAUAUCAACACGGCAUCUAACUGCCCGUGGCGAUAUGUUUUAAACCAUGACCCUAACAGGAGACCGGAAACCAUUAUUGAAGCAAAGUGUAAUUGUAGAAGAGGACCUUGCAUCGACGAAGUGGAAAACAGUCGUUGUGAGCCUGUAAAAUACAACAUACGGAUUCUUAGGAAGUAUGGUUGUGAGAAUGGAAAAUAUCAAUAUAAACUUACUAUGGAGAGAAUAACUGUUGGUUGCACAUGUGUGAUAGGAUAUUAG